CGUCACCGCCCCGCCCCUCCGUCUGGCCCCGCCCCACCGCGUGGCGCUGAGCGGUCUGUGCUGCCCGCGGAGCUGGGACCAUGGAGGAGCCGCGCGGGGCCGCUGGGAGCGCGGGCUCCCCCAGGCCCAGCUGCCCCAGCCCCAUGGAGCCGCCCGCCUCAGACCAGACCACGCUGGAGAGGAUGCCCAUUGCGCCCUCCAGCUCUGCCACACCUUGGAUCCUGGGUCGCCCCUCGGCCGGGGCCCUGUCCUCCGUCACCGUGCCCGUUCGGCUGGACACCCUCGCCUACCUGCUCAACAGCGCCCUCCUGAGGGCCUACUCGGCCGUGCCGCAGACGCCCCUCUCCUGCGGCCACGGGGCAUCGGCCAUGGGCCACGGCGGGCCUCCCCCGCGUGCACCGGGCUGCGGGUGUCAGCCACACUACUGCUGCGGCCCCCAGCCAGCUUGUGCCAACUCCCAGCCGGCUCGGGAGGGGUGCUGUGGGUCUGGCGCCGUGGGGCAGAGCAGCGCCGGCUGCUCCCAAGAGAUGCACGGGGGCCGCGACGACUGGCAAGACUCCUCUGUGAGACGGGACCAGCGAGGGUCUCCGUUGCUGAGUGGCUGGGGGGAGAACCGGCGAGCGAGGGAGCAGAAAGAUUUCUUUCGGCCCGGGGGGUGGCAGAGGCCGUGGGGCAAGGCAGACUCUGCCCCACACAAGGCUGGGCAGUGGGGCCCGGGGAGAGCCCAGGGCUCAGAUUAUGCGGCCAGGAAGCGGAACCAAGAUGGCUGCCUGUGGGAUGCCCCUGGGACGAAGAGAUGGUCUAGUGGAGGGGUGAAGAGAUGGGGGUCCGGUGCAGGGAAAACCGAGGCAGCCAAAGCUGCCAGGGAAGAUUGGGAGGCAAAUUAUGGGGGAUCCACCACCCGAGGGAGCGUCUUGGGGAAUGCCUGGUCCUCCCAGCCCAACCUCCCAGCUUCCCAGGAAGGAGAAGACUGGGAAAAGGAGUAUGAGGAGUCCCCCAAAUCGGCACCGGGGGUUCCCCCUCUUCCACAGGUGGCUUUGAAGGUUCAACCGGCCUCCCGCCAGGAGAGGACAACGCCCCGCCCCGCUAGCAAGGACGGCAGCUUCUCCAGCUAUCUCCAUAAGCUCAUCGCCGACCUGCCCGGGGGCUCCAGCCAGGAGAGACAGCCCCCUGGAGGCGCCGCCGGCUGUGGAACACGGCCCCCGGGAGGAGGAGGAGGAGGCCCGAGUGGCCAGGGGUCUGCCAAGCUCGGCGAUUUCAUGGCCAGGCGCGUUGACCUCCCCAGAGCCGCCACGGAGAACGAGGACAGAGCGUGAGCCCUGGGCCGUGGAAGGGCCCGUCGGGGCUCCCACCUGGGCCGAAGCUGGGGCCUCGUGGUUCUCCCAUCAAACCGGCCACCCGUUGCUGACUCCACCAGCCCACAGGGCUCGGCCGUUCAGCCAAGGGUUGGUUUGUUAAUAACCCCGUUCUUUUUCAUCCUCCAGCAUCUACCCAUGAUCCUCCAUUCCUAACCUUCUACCCAUGAUCCUGCAUUCCUAAUCUGCCCCAACAAGUCUUCUACCCAUGAUCCUCCCUAGCUGUCUACCCAUGAUCCUCCCUUCCUAGCCCU